AUGUCUAACAACCUAAAUCACAACGUUCCUGGGUACAGCGGUGACGACUCGCCCAAAAUCAGCAAUGAUGACUCGCCCAAAAUCAGCAAUGAUGACUCGCCCGAAAUCAGCAAUGAUGACAACCCAGAUGAUAUUCAAAUAAUUCCUAAGCCAGAAGUUCCCUUUGUCAGUAGAUAUGGCAUGAAACAUGCCAAGAAUAGCCUCCAGGAUGUAGAAUUUUUCCGUGCAACAUUAUUCAACUUGAAAACUGAACCCAUUGAAGAUAGGGAAAGACGUUUACAGGAGACCAAUAGUACAUUCUUAACACGGUGUAGGGACCCAAAUGAAAUUUGUGCAUAUACUGAAGACCCACAACCAGGGCAAACUGAUACUGAAAUAAAAACAGAACCAAUCGAUGAAAUUGAAGAGGACACAUCAUCGUUGUAUAUGGAAACGGAACCAUUCUAUUAUCUACCUGAAGAAGCAACAGAAAACUCCUCUCAAAUAAUUGCAUUCAACCCUAGAGAGAAUGAGUUGGAGAACAAUGAGAUACAACAGAGUAGAGAACCAGAGGAGGAAAUAGACCAACAAGAUAAUAUACCGAUAAUGGCACCUCUUGCUCCUAUACUUCUGGAGCAAGCGGAAAUAAAUGAAACAGACAUGAUGUCACUAGUAGUACCAGAGGCAAUAGUCUUGUUAAAUAAUACAACAGAAACCCCCUCUUCAACCGACACAACAACUAAUCCUAGAGCAAGUGACUUGGAUAAUACAAACACAAGUAUAAUAGAAAAUCCGGCAAGUGUACAAAGAAAAACACGAAAGAAAAGAGAUGUUAUAGCUACACCAACUCGCGUUUCCACAAGGAUAAAGAAACCUAGAAUAAUGUUUAACAUGUAA